AUGCCUCCGCCUUGCCCCGAGCCCCUCCGAAGGGAGAACAUCACCAUCGACCUCACAACGCCCUCCCCCCCGCCCCGCAAGCCAGCCUCCUCCCCGCUCUUCCCCAUCCCAACAGUCUACUCCCAGCCCCCGCCCUCCCGCACGCGCACGCCACCCACCACACGCCAACCUGCCUUCUUCGUCAUCUCCGACGGAUCCGAUCACGAGCCUCCUUCGCCCCAUCCCAGAACGCCGCCUCAGCCACACCGAGCUCACACCCCUGCCGGCGAACCCAGCCCCGCCUCGUCAUCCUCAACAACCGAUGCAGCCCAUGUCGAACGCUCCCUGCUCCAACACACCCUUCUCCUCCAAGAAGAGCCCCCUCCCCCGACCCCCCCGCCGCGCUUCCUACCCUCUGACAUCAAGCUCCUCAACGCCUACCUGUGCAGACCGAUCUCGACCGUCAUGGCCACCUGCUCGUCGCUCAUCAUCCCACCCCGCCAGAUCCCAGGCCUGCCGCCCGACAAGCUCGAGACACUCUAUGCCAAAGACACCUGGAGAAUCAAACCCGAGUCGCUCGCCGCCCCCGGCAUGUCCCAGAAGGUCGCCUGUUGGAUGUACGGCCAUGGAUGGCCCGCCAAAACUUUCCUCAUCUCGGGCUGGCUAGUCGGAGUCGAUAGGAGGGAAAGAUUCAUCACCUACCACAUCGACGAUGGGACCGCCGUGCUGGAAUGCCAAAUCAACAUUGCCCAACUUAACAAAGCCUUCGAUUCGACCUCUCAGGAGUACUCCCGCCUCCCUCACGAGAAGGAGCCCCCCCAGAAGAGCAGGGAUGCCAGCGCGCAAGAAGAGUGUCCAGACCAGAGUGCCAGCUCAUCCAGCCCGGCGCCCACACCCAAACCCCGAUCAGAUCCCCGGCUCGACCCUUACCGGCGCCUGCCCUCGCCCGAUCGCAAGUCUCAUACGACCAGAGCGACUGCCACCCACGCGCUGGAACCCCCACAGCUCGAAAACCCGGUCGCAGAGGCAGUCACCGAAGAGACCAUCGCAAAAUACGCCGCGUUGAAGAUCGGGAUCGUCUUGCGACUGGUCGGCAGACCCAAGUCGUUGUUCCGGGACACCAAACGAGUCCUCGAUCUCGAGCGGGUCAUCAUCGUGCAGGACAAUCAGGAUGAAGAGGAGAUCCGGUUCAGGCAACAUGUGAAAUACUGCAGAACGCAUAUCUACAAUCAACCUUUCCGACUAUCUAACGUCUGGCCCGAGGGCGUCAAAUCGCUCGGCCCCGGGCAUUCGCAUUCAACCCACUUCUUCCCCAAGAGUUCAACGGCUGUCACCAGCCAGCAACCAGUCGAAAAAGAGAAAGAAACGAGACGGCUGAAGCUGCCGCCGGUCUCAAGACUAACUCCCCAGCAGCUCACCUUCUCGAAUUAUCUGAACUACGUCAGCCACUACAUCGUGUCCCGAUACGACGAUGACGCCAGCAAGACCACCUACAGCUACCACGAGCUGAAGAGGAAGAUCGACCGAUCAGAGGCGAUAGUCUUGGACGACUUCUCGAUCGACGAUCUCCUGGAAGAGGGGCCGAAGGACGACCGGCACGGGGGCCUGCGGGCCGAGAUGGGCCAGUUCACGGCCAAGCUGGUCGCGCAACAGGCCCAGGAGGGUCCAGAACGCCAAGCCUCGGACUGCGAGCGGCCGGCCAAGAAGCAGCGGCAGCAGCAAGGCGUCUUCCUCACCGACGCCGACAGACACCGCUUGUCGCGGAAGACGCUGGGCUCGAACAAGGCCUUGGUCACCCGGGCCAUCCAAGCCUUGGUCAACCAAGGCACCAUCAUCAUCUCGCCCACCGACGAGCGCCGCUUCGCCAUCCCCAACCUCGCCAGCCUCGGCCCCAAGAUCCUCCACAUCAUCAACACCACCACCCUCCCGCCCCCAGACCCGACAGCUACCUCCGUCUCCGUUAACGCGAUCCUUAGAGGCCUCGCUCGCGACGAGCUCUGGAAGGCCGUCCAUCGCGAAACCGUCGUCGCCGUCCUCCGCCGCCUCCAGCUCCGUCAAACCGGCCCCGACUCCUGGCGGAUCCCAUAA